AUGCGAUUGGCUGCCGAAGCAGCAAGAAAGGCGGUUGCAAGCAUGCUUGCAGCCGAAGAGAGUUCUUCUCUUGCUUCAGCAGCAGGUGACCCUGCGUCUGAUGUUGCAAUUCAGCAACAGGCGGUGCCUGUUGUGACUAGUCCACGUGUUGAGUCACCACGAGCGACCGAUACAUACGCUGUGUCUGCAGCGGGUGCUGUGACUUACAAUGUGGAUGAGCCUGGAAUUCAGCUCAUCUGUUCUGGCGAGUCGGAUGAUGCUCCCGGCUUGAAAGCGACUCCUCACGCCUCCGGGUCAUCCGGAGUGGACACUGCAAGAGCCAGGUUGACUGUCUUUGGGGUACGUGGCGGCAUCAUAUCCGAGAUCUUCGGACCGAGCAAUUUGUCUGACUAA